AUGCGGGAGGUAAGAGGCAAGAAGGAGAUGGGGUUCGGGGGUGAGGAAUUAGAGAAAGUUUUCGAGGGUUCCGAAAGUCCUAAAGUCGAAAGUCCUGAAACCGGAAGUCUUGAAGCCGGAAGUCCUGAAACCGGAAGUCCUGAAACCGGAAGUCCUGAGACCGGAAGUCCUAAAACCAAAAGUCUUGAAGCCAGAAAUCCUGAAGCCGGAAAUCUUGAAGUAGGAAAUCCUAAAACCGGAAGUCCUAAAGUCGAAAGUCCUGAAGCCGGAAGUCCUAAAACCGGAAGUCCUGAAGCCGGAAGUCCUGAAGCUGGAAGUCCUAAAGCCGGAAGGUCUAAAAUCGAAAGUCCUAAAGUCGGAAAUCUCAAAGCUAGAAGGCUUAAAGCCGGAAGUCCUAAAGCCGGAAAUCCUAAAGUCGGAAAUCUUCAAACCAAGUCUUGA